UUCCAGUUAAUUCAGAAGAUAUUCCAAUUGUUGUAGAAAUUUUUUUGUAUUAUUUAUUUUGUAUACGUUUUAACAAUUCAAUAUGCGUGAAAUUGUUCAUUUGCAAGCCGGUCAAUGUGGAAACCAAAUUGGUGCUAAGUUUUGGGAAGUAAUCAGUGAAGAACAUGGAAUAGAUCCAUGCGGUAUUUAUCAUGGCGAAAGUGAUCUACAACUGGAACGCAUUAGUGUAUACUACAAUGAAGCAUCUGUUGCAACAAGUACGAAUGGAGGAAAAUACGUUCCCCGUGCCAUUUUACUUGAUCUCGAACCAGGUACUAUGGAUGCAGUACGGUCUGGUAUUUAUGGUAAAUUAUUUAGACCUGAUAAUUUUGUAUUUGGUCAAUCUGGUGCUGGAAAUAAUUGGGCCAAAGGGCAUUAUACUGAAGGUGCUGAACUAGUAGAUGCCGUUUUAGAUGUCGUCCGAAAAGAAGCAGAAAAUUGCGAUUGCCUACAAGGUUUCCAACUUACUCACUCAUUGGGAGGUGGCACUGGUUCAGGAAUGGGAACAUUGUUGAUUUCAAAAAUUCGUGAAGAAUACCCAGACAGAAUUAUGAAUACAUAUUCAGUGAUGCCAAGUCCAAAGGUAUCCGAUACAGUUGUGGAGCCAUAUAACGCAACUUUAUCUGUUCAUCAAUUAGUUGAGAAUACUGAUGAAACUUAUUGUAUAGAUAACGAAGCCUUGUACGAUAUAUGUUUUAGAACACUUAAAGUUCCUAAUCCAAGUUAUGGUGAUUUAAAUCACUUAGUAUCAUUAACAAUGUCUGGUGUGACUACCUGUCUACGUUUCCCUGGUCAAUUAAAUGCAGAUUUACGUAAAUUAGCUGUAAACAUGGUACCAUUCCCACGACUCCACUUCUUUAUGCCCGGUUUUGCUCCACUAACUUCAAGAGGUAGUCAACAAUACCGUGCUCUUACCGUUCCUGAAUUAACCCAACAGAUGUUUGAUGCAAAGAAUAUGAUGGCCGCCUGUGAUCCACGUCAUGGUAGAUAUUUAACUGUCGCUGCAAUCUUCAGAGGAAGAAUGUCAAUGAAAGAAGUUGACGAACAAAUGUUAGCUGUACAAAACAAAAAUAGUUCAUACUUUGUUGAAUGGAUUCCCAAUAAUGUAAAAACCGCCUGUUGUGACAUACCACCUAAAGGAUUAAAAAUGUCAUCCACCUUUAUUGGAAACACAACCGCAAUACAAGAAUUAUUUAAACGAAUUUCUGAACAGUUUGCAGCUAUGUUUAGACGUAAAGCUUUCUUACAUUGGUAUACUGGUGAGGGUAUGGAUGAGAUGGAAUUUACUGAAGCUGAAUCAAAUAUGAAUGAUCUUAUUAGUGAAUAUCAACAAUAUCAAGAAGCAACUGCUGAUGAAGAAUAUGAAAUCGAAGAAGAAUGCGCUCAAGACGAUUUUGAUUGUGCUAAAAAUCAAUAGAUUUCCAAAUUUUGAGAAUAGUCGAAUCCAUGCGAGUGUCAUAUUUUUAUUUCGUUUGAGGUGCAUUAUUUUUUAAUAGCUUAUGCUCUUUUUGUAAUAUUUAAUGGAAGUACGUGCCCAAAGACAAAAUUGUAAAAUUGUUUGGGCGUCAUUUAAGUAUAAAAUAGUUUUUUACGAAAGGAACAUAAUCUAUAUUUGGUAAUAUCUUUCUAAAUAUUUAUUAUUAACCUAAAUAGUAUUUUACCUAAAGAAAUUUGAGUGUGAUUUUUAUAUACGACACAUUUUUGUUUAUUAACAAAUUUUGAUAAUUUGAUUGCGUUUAUAACACAAAAAGAAAAUCAUGCAUUUAGAUUAAAUUCGACCACGACUGAGAACUUUUUACAUUUUUGUACUAUUUAUAUAAAAAAAUCUUAUACUUUUAUUUAUAAGAAAGCGUCUAAUAAAACAUACUACCUAUAUAUAAA